AUGGCUGCUCGCCCUCUAAUGGGGCUAGCUAAGCCGUCGUUUCGCGGCCGGCCGGCCGCCGAGGACCAGGUAAAGCCGCGGCGCGUGGGCACGCUCCAGUGCGCCGUGGUCGGGCUGCUCGGCUUCCAGGUCGUGAGCAUGGGCCUGCACGCGCGGUCCCACGACCGGCGCGCGUCCGCCGCGGCGCGGCCGCCGCCGCCGCCGGUGGCGCCGCGGCCGCCGCCGGGCUCCCUGCGGCUCUCCGACGCCGAGGAGGCGCUCCUCGCGGCGCUGCCGACGGAGCCGGAGCGCGUCUACGCGCGGCAGAUCUUCGAGGAUCGCGUCCGGGGCCCGCUGCCCGGCGGUUUGGACGCCGCGGAGGAGCUCGAGGAGGCGGCGCCGUCUCCCGGCGCCGGCGUGCCGCCGCCGCCGCCGCGGCGCCGCGCGGAGCUGCCGGCCAUGUACGGCGACGGCCCGCGCAUCGUCGGCCUCGACCGCUGCGCCGGCUGGCGCGAAACGACGUCGCUCUUCCGGCGCGCGGCGACGGCGGGCAUCUUCAACAGCGGCACGAAUCUGAUGACGAAUUUAUUACGAAAGAACUGCGUCAUGCCGUUGGCCUGCCCCGGGGAGUGGGGGCAGAAGAGGAAGACGGAGGCGAUGGCGCGCCGCGAGUGCAUCGGCUACCCGUUCCAGGCGCCCUGGGGCAAGCACAACCCGCUCGCCUACCGGAAUUUAGGCCACGUCGUCGACUCGCUGGACCAUUUUAAUCUGACGGAGAUCUUGCCCGUGGCCGUCGUCAAGGACCCGAUCACGUGGAUGCGGUCCAUGUGCCGCAUCGCCUACGCGGCCCACUUCCGCAAGCACCCGGCCUGCUGCCCGUCGCCGUUGGACCCGGCGCAGCUCGGCGAGCUGUUGGGCCACAACCGGUCGAAGGUGACGGUGAAGUUCCGGAAGGAGCACCCCGAGGAGGUCUACGCGUCGCUCCUCGACCUCUGGAACGUCUGGUACCGCGAGUACUACGACGCGACCCUGCCGCGCCUGAUCGUGCGCUACGAGGACCUCCUCUUCGACCCGCAGAACACGAUCCGGGAAGUCUGCGCGUGCGCCGGCGGGCGCCUGAAGAAGGACUUCGACAUGGUCGGCGACGCGGCCAAGUUCGGCGGCGGCCACGGCGGCGGCGAGGGCACGUCGCGCGGCUCGGCCCUGAAGCGCUACGCGUCCGAGACGACGCGCUACCACCUCGUCUCCGCCCACGACGUCGCCUACUACGGCGCGAACGUCGACGGCGCGCUCGCGGACCUCUUCCACUACGCCGCGGACGAGCACCGGCGCGCGGCCGCGGACCCCCGCGCCGACGCCAAGCGCGCCGACGCCAAGUGCGCGACGCUGGGCAAGCGGCGGCUUAAUGGCGCGUAG